AUGUCGGUCUUCUUAGUGCUCCUGCCGAGCCUCGCGCCGAGCCUCGCGCCGAGCCUCGCGCCGAGCCUCGCGCCGAGCCUCGCGCCGAGAGCGGUGCCGUUUAGCACGCGCGGCGCCAUCGUUAUGCAGGAAGACCUCGCUGCCAAGCGAGCCGAGAGCGGCAAGGCUGGCGCCGCGAGUCUUGUGGCAGGCACCGCGGGCGGCCUCCCCUUCUUGCUGCUGGGCAAGGCGGCCCAGAUUCCACCAGGAUACAGUGACGCUCUGUGGGAGUUCCAGGCCGAUGGACUGGCUCUCAUGCUGCUUCUCUUCGGCGUCGUCUACCGCUAUGCCGUCCGAGAUGACGAGAACCCGAUGCUGAAGCAAGGCGUCGUCGGCGCCUUUGUCAUCACGCGAGCAUGGGCGCGAAUCACACCGCCUGCGACGUGCGGAGCACUCCCACUCUCUUGCGGCGCACCGCUCGGCUACCUAAACUGGGAGAUGAUCGGACAGGGUGCCUAUGCGACCGUCGAGACUGCCGCCGCAUGCGUCGCCGCCGCAGCGGCCAUUGAGUUUGCCUUCAGCAAGGGCUGGAUUUCGAAAUGCACCGACGGAGUGUAG